CGUGUUCCCAGCCGGGGCGGGCGGCCGAGCAGCGCCGGGAGCGUCGGGCGCCUUGGAAACGGGCGGAAGCCGGGAAGGAGCGGCAGGAGGAGGAUGCUGAGCCCCGAGCGGCUCUCGCUGCCCGGGCCCGAGUACCUGGCUCAGCGACAUGUCCUCACAUACAUGGAAGAUGCAGUGAGCCAGCUGCUGGAGAACAGAGAAGAUAUUAGUCAGUAUGGCAUUGCCAGGUUCUUCACUGAAUAUUUUAACAGCGUGCGGCAAGGAACACACAUCUUGUUCCGUGAGUUCAGCUUUGUCCAAGCGACCCCUCAUAACAGGGCGUCUUUUCUUCGGACCUUCUGGAGGUGUUUCCGAACUGUGGGGAAAAAUGGAGAUUUGCUGACAGCACAGGAAUACCACUGCCUGCUGCAGUUGCUCUGCCCUGACUUCCCAAUGGAACUCACUCAGAAAGCAGCAAGGAUUGUGCUGAUGGAUGAUGCAAUGGAUUGCCUGAUGUCUUUUUCUGAUUUCCUCUUUGCUUUCCAGAUCCAAUUCUACUACUCAGAGUUCCUGGAAAGUGUGGCUGCCAUUUAUCAAGAUCUGCUGGCUGGUAAGAAUCCAAAUACUGUGAUUGUGCCAACAUCAUCCUCUGGGCAACACCGGCAGCGCCAGGCCCCAAAUGACUGCAACCCACUUGAAGGAGUUGAGGCAUCUCUCUUCUACCAGUGCCUGGAGUCCUUGUGUGACAGAUCAAAAUACAGCUGUCCGCCUUCUGCUCUUGUGAAGGAAAUGCUGAGCAGUGUGCAGAGAAUGACCUUCUAUGGAUUCCUUAUGGCUCUUGCAAAGGAUCAGGGCAUCAAUCGAGCCCUAGGGGCUCUGCCAGAUAAAGGAGACUUGUUUCUGGACCCUGCCAUGGAUGAGGAAAUUGAGAAAUUGGUAGCACAGGUUUCAGGGCUUUCUGUCUCUGGUCCUGCCAGCUCCAGUGCUCCAGACACAGCAAACAUGCCCGUUCGUAACUCACCCAGGAUUAACUCACCUUGGAAACCUCUACACCAUCGUCGAAAAAUGGAUGCUGAGAGUGAAGGCUCCAAUGAAGAGACAGACUCCUCUGAAAACUGAAGGUUGUGAGGGUGGGGACUAUUCCCAUCUAGGGCUUCUCCAGAACCCACUGGAGGAACAGCAUCUCCUCCCAGAGCAUCUGCUCUAACGGUGGGUUCUGUCUAUGUCAGCAGUGUGUGUGUGGCUGUGCUAAUCCCCAGUGCUGGGUUCACCCAUCUUUUCCCAGAAACAACUUGCCUUUUUCUUAGCUCCAAAUCCGUGCAGGAAUAGCGCCUCUGCAGAAGCUAUUUACAGCUACAGAGUUAUGCUUCCCUCUGCUGGCGGGCAAGACAAGCCAGCAGCCACCAGCUCUGCCACCGCUUGGAAGCAGCCGGCUUUGCUCUCACCGGGGCGCUCCCUCCCACUUCCAG